UGGUAGGACAUAAGUUUCGGGAGAGGAAGGGUGGUGGCGCAAGUGAAAGGCGGAGGCGGGGUAGCUCGGACAAUUACAUCACCCUCUUUUAAAUAAAUCUCGGCCCUCGCUGCGAUUGGUGGACGAAUGAAGAAAUUGGGAGUUUUUUCUGUCUUUCUGUUCUUUCAAUCUCAUGCCCGCGCCGUGCUGCUCGUCCCCGGGCGCUUCUCGCUGAAACGAGCCGAGUGUCCGGAUGAAAGGGCGCAGAUCGGCGCUGCGGCGGCUGCUUAAGUAUUACUGCGGCUGCUUAAGUAUUACUGCGGCGGUCUGACGCCAGAACCGGCCCGGUAAACUCGCUUCUUGGCAGCUUUACAUUAAAAUAGGGGGGAAAGGGGGAUAUACAUUUCGUCCUUUAUUGUUUUUUUUUGGAUCAUCCUUCGCAAGGGAAAGAAAGCGGUUUCAUCCGAGCUUCAUUGUAACAGAAUCCAAGACGUAUUGAGUACAAUAGAGACCGGUCUUCUUGAAUCUGCUCCAAACUGGGAAUAAAAUCAUUACACUAACUGGGGAGAUGAAACCGGAUGGGGUUGACACGGCAUCAAUGGAGCCUAUGGAAGCAAUAGGAGCAGAGCCCCUGGUGGAGGGAACAGCCACGGAGGAGGAUCCGCAGCAAGACCCUUUACAGUCACACUCUGACGAAGCGGAGAAGCAGCAGCAACCGGAAAUGGCAGCAGCGCCACCUGCUGUCCAGGAGGGGAACAGCAAGCCAGCAGACGCCAAAACAAAGGCGAAGGGCCCCGGCAAAACGAAACCUGGCGCUGCUGCUGUGAAGAGCUCGACAGCUGGGCCCGGUUCCCGACCCGGCACGGCGCAGAACCGCCCUGUCAACGGUGUCCAAAAACCCCUGUCAAACGGAGUGCAGAGAAAGGUGACCGGCGCCGUCCCCGAGAAGAAGCCCAGCGCCUCCGCCGCGGCUUCCAGAAAGCCGGCCGCUGCAGCCGCCGCCGGGUCGGCCAAGGUGCCCGCCAAGGUGCCCGCCAGGAAGUCCGGGGGAAGCAGUAACGGGGGGCCGGGCGCCGCCGUCCCAGCGCAGCCCAAGAAGGGUCCUGCCGGGGGUCCUGCCGGGGGUCCUGCCGAUGGCGCCAAAGCAAAGCCCAAAAUGGCCGCCUCCAAACCCGCCGCUGCCAAACCUGACAGAUCUGCCGUUUCCAGAGCAACCAGGCCUGCUGGUGGUCCUCCUCCUCCUCGUCCUACUUCCACGACAACGGCGGGAAAGCCAGUCGUCAACUCCACCACCACCUCCCGACCUGCCUCUUCACGAGCUACGGCUCCACCUGCUGGCCGUAACACUGCAGCGCAACCCACCAAACCUACAACUCCUGCAAAGAAAGAUGUCAGUAAACUGACUACAGUUCCAGUGAAAAAACCAGCUGCAGCCCCUACCCGGGCCCCCCCAGCCAAGACCGCAAAAUCCGACGCCCCCAAAACAAGCGCAGCUGCCAGGCCGGAGCCCGCUGCCAAGAGGGCGCUUUCUGCCAACAAGCCGGCGGACGCCAAAACCAGCCGGCCCAAACCACAGGACGGCAAGCCCGCGGCGACACGGGUUGGGACCGCCAGCCCCCGCAGCAUUGGUUCGAAGCCUGGCCUCAGCAAGGCAGCCACCGCCAGCCCCAAGAAACCGGAGGGUGGCGGUGCGCCGGUGCCAGUGAGCAAGUCCUCCAAACCCAAGCGGCCGGCACAGCCCCUGUCUGCCAGCGGGGAGCCGGCAAAGGAAGAGGAGCCUCCAAAGCCGGCGGACGUCGCAGAAGCCGCUGCCGUUGCUGGAUCUGUGACGGCAGCUACCGAGGCGACACCUUCAGAGCCCCAACUCGCAGCAGAGCAAGAGCCGGCUUCAGUCGGUCAACAAGAGGCGCAGCUCCAGCCUGAGCUGGAUGUGCAGCCGACGUCUACGGCAGAGGUUGAGCCAGUAGUAGAAGCCCUAGCUCAAGAAGUAGACCAGGCUCCCCCUAGUGUUGAUGUGCUGCCAUCUUCACCUGCAGGCCCAACUGAAGGACAGUCUCCACUAGAUGAUCAAAGUCGGCUAUCACCUAAGAUUCCUAAAAAUUUGUCCCCGGAGAUGGGGAAACAAGAAGAAGGUGCAGAGAAGGUCUGUAAACCAGUAAUGGAGGCGGAUAUGUUUGUUCCUAAGAAUGUAGGUGCAGGAGAACUUGUUGAUUUGGUGGUACAGCCUGAGCUCACUACUCUAGUACCAGCCGAGGUCUUCACAGCUGAAACGCCUGUCCUUCUGGCUCAAGAGCCUGGACUGGCUGUUGAAAAGGCAGAUGAAGAGAUCAAUGAAGAUAAUGACUAUGGUGGUGAUGUUGAAGAGGAGGAGAAGGAGGUUAGCCAGCAGAUAUCGGUGUCAGAGAUGAGUGGGACUCAGCCGACCGAGGACUCCCGGCCUGGUUCUGCGGGACUCGCUGGGUCCAUGUGGCGGGGUGGUGCCCUGGUGUCAGAGCUGGACUCUGAGGAUGUUAGUUGCAGCCAACAGGGGGCAUCAGAGCUGAGUGCACCAGGUGUGCUGGAAGGCACUGAGAGCCUGGAUGACCUAGGAGAAGCCAGCCUCAAAGGGGCUGAUGGCGAAGGAGCAUCUGCGGGUUCUCCUGACCUUGAGAUUGUACCAGACAUUCCAGCUAAUGAGGAGGAUGAAGAUGAUGAAGAUGAAGAGGACCGUGUGUAUGACAUGGAGGUAGGCUCAGAGAGGGCGGAGGACCCUCGUAGGGCACGGCAGGAGGGUGAGGACGAAGAAGAGGACGAAGAUGUCGAGAUGGCGAGUGAAGGUGUGACUGAGAGUGGACUGGAAAGCUACGGUAAUGCAGAUGAGGACGAUUUUGCUGAGGAUGAUAGGCUAGACAACCUGAACCGUGCCCAGCCGCACCUCCUGCUCUCGACAGCCCCAGCUCCACACUGGGCCCAGGCCAACCCAUUGGGUGAAUCCUGUACACAGCCCCUACCGCUAGCUGCCUCUGCUCUGCUCGUGAGCCCUUCCUCUGACCCCUGGCAAGCAGACCCAGAUACGCCCGUCCAAGCUCCUGCUGAACCUUGGAUGGAGUUUUGUGCUCCUGUCGUUCCCCAAGUUCAGGAGCCAGUCUUCCACCUCCAGGUUAUUCCAGAGCCACGAAGCGAUGACGUCCAGCCGCCUCCUGCGGCACCUGCUGUGGAGGAGAACCUGAUGUCCGUGGAGCCCAUAGGCCUGCCUGUACCUGCCCGGGGCAUGUCCCAGUCGAGCACUCUCAGCGGGACGGAGCUGGCCGCCCAGAGCAGCAGUGACACCAGCACGCCUGAGGAGCUGCGCGAGUACAACAGUAGCUCCGGAGUGGAGUCUGAAGACAAGCUGAAGACCCCAAUGCCUCAGCAGCAGCCUGAUGUCGAGCAGGACAUGAGCCUCCCCCUGGAAAGGGGCGAGGGGGAGGAGGAGGAGGCGGAGACCCUCCCAGCCGACGAGGUCCUCGGGGGUCCGGCAACCGCACCGGCGUCGGAUCCCUCCUCUCCCUCGGCCUCGGAAGACGAGGCGAGCGACACUGAGGGAGAGAUGCUGGUCCACGACCCCGGCACGCUGGGUUCCCAGACCUUGCCAGCUACCGAAGAGCGUGAGGAGGCUGGGCAGCUGCCCUACGGGGAGGGCGAGGAUGGCGGGGACACGCCCCAGUCUGCCAACUCUGUGGCAUCCUAUGGUUUCGACUGCACUACGUCCAACUCCAACGCCCACUCCACCCAGAGCCCCGGAAUCUUCUCCCUGGAGAACGAGGACCAGCUGCUCGAAGAGACCAAGGACCCGACCAUCAAAGAGCUCACCCUGGGGGCCGCUACGGCAGAGCCGCCACUGGGGGCACCCGUAGACCUCCUGCCCCUCGGCGCCCUCAGGGAGAUUCAGUCCAACCCAGAGGAGCAAGAGUACAUGCUGUGUGGGAAGCGAGUGGCAGAGAGUCCCAUAGGGGAGACUGCCCCCCCCAAGGCCGGCCUCCCCCUCACUCCCCAGGAGGCCAGGGAAGGCACUGACGGCCAGCCUGCGUACUACUCUGCUAUUUGUGAAAAGACUGAUAGCGUUCUUGCAGGAGGCUGUGAGCUCCAGCCCAAUCAGCAGCCACCGCCGGCCCAAUCGCAGGCCAAUCAUGUGGGCUCUGUAGAAUGGAAAACCUACAGUCAGCCUCCGUCAGCUCACCUGAGCCCAGCCUGGCAGCCCACCGACCUACAGUCCAGCACACCACAGGCACAGCCCAACCUGCAGCUGCGCAGACUGGAGCAGCACCAGAAGCAUCUGCAGCAGAUCCAGGAACGGCAGGAGCAGCAGAACCGUGAGAGGCGCAAGGAGCUGGAGCUUGAGGCUGAGCUCAGGGAGCUGGAGGAGGAGGAGGAGAAUGAGAAAGAAGAUGAGGAAAAGCUGUGGCGGGAGCAGCGGAGGAAGCUGGAGAAGCAGCGUCAGGACCUCCUACAGCUCCAAUUCCAACACCAGCAGCAGGAGCUCAAGCACCGGCAGCAGAUCCUACAGUGGCAGCAGGAGCUGGUGCAGCAGCAGCAGCAGCACAAGACUCAGUCUGCUGUCCUGCAGUCCCCAACAUCUGUCCUCUGCACCAUCUAUGAAGCCAAGGAGGCAAGUGAUGAAGAAGGGGAGGAGGUGGGUGACGAUAUGGUAGAAGAGAAGAAUUCAGAGCUGGAGGAACGGGUGACAGUUGAACGCCAAGAGGGUGGGAUGCAGGAGGAGGAAAAGGGCGAAGAUCCCCAAGUCGAUCAGGGUGAUCCAAAGACCCCUAACCUGGCACCGUUACUGAGGCCCACAAAGCUCUCUCCACGCGCUGACCAGGCCCAGCUGGGUCUGGAUUGGGACAAAAAGGUGGAUAUUGUCCAGCAGCUAAUCAACCAGACCCUCCUUCUAGCGGGAGAUGGGUGCCCACCUCUGCUGCUCCUGCCUGGUGGUGGGGGGGGUACCCUCAGCCCCCUGGAGAGCAGCAUGUGGCCCACUUUGCUGCCCCCUCUCACCCCCCCCUCUGCCACCGUCACCUCAGUCAGCAGCUUCUCCCCUGAGGACCAGGGAAGCUCUCCCCAGGGGGAAUGGACAGUAGUGGAACUGGAAACCCACCACUGAGGAGGGAACACUCCCCUCUCCGUGUUGGUGGGGGAUGUCCUUCGCAGCACUGUCCCACUGCACUGUCCCACUGCACUGUCCCACUGCACUGUCACACCGCACUGUCCCACACUCAGAACUGAAAAUUCCCCAUGCUGUGGUUAACCUGAAGCUCUUGCAUAGCGAUGUCAUUCUAUAAUGGAACACACACAUGCCAGAAAGAGGUAUGCACUGUCCUGACAUUUUCAUCCUGUCGGUAAAAGUAUGUGCCAUCCUUUGUGUGCCAAAACGCCAUCGUCUGGAUGAAAAGACCAGCAUCUGCAGAAAUGUGAAAUAACCCUGCUGUAGGUCCCAACCGUUACUGAUGUAUAAGUCCAGGUCUAUCGCCUCAGAAGGUUGGUCUCAAACUGAUCAAUAUGCUUUCCAGUUAAUGGUGAUGAAUUCUCUUCUCUGCAGCUUUAGUAUUGCGCCCCUCCCCCCCAAAAAAAAAACAAAAACAAAAAAAAACAAUCAGAUUUGCAGUCAAUAAUUCACACAAUGCAGGUAAUUUCUCAGGUGUUUGCUGCCUGAACUGUCCAACACUGUGACCUAUUAGUAGUAGUUUUUUUUUCAUUAAUCUCAGUCUCUAUUACUCAUUUAUGACAAAAGCAAAAUCAGGUACGUUUUAGAAGCAUAGUCUAGUUUUGUUAGGUAUGCUGAUGCAGUGUGUCGCCUUAGAGCAAUGCCACUAUCCCUGACUGGCCUGCAAAAACUGGCUCAGAAACAUGCCCUGUUUGUCUGUAUGUACAGAACGAUGUAGCAGGGCAAGGCAUGAAACAGGUUUAUGGCCUGAUACAGGGAAUCACAAACUAUACGAAGGCAUUCUGCAAAUGUUGCAGUACUUGGCAAGUUAGUACUAGUGAAACUGAUGGGGUAGAUAAGGGACAUAUAGGAAGUUGACUUUCUGUUAUGACUGUAACAUGGUUGGGUGGGUUGAUUGUCUGCCCCUGCAUUCUAAAGCCAUGACCUAAUUUUUCGGUCUCUCUGUCUUUGUUUUGGGUUUCUGUGGUAACUCGUGAUGUUAUGACAAAAGAAUGAGACGCUGAAUGGCAGAGAUAGGACUGCACUGUGGGACAUUCUGAAUUGGACAAAAUGCACUAAAAUCACUGAUGCCAACUGGCGUCUCCGUAGCAUAAUAGAGGAAGGCAGACAGACUGUUUACAUAACUACUGAAAGUUCUGAGCACUGGAGUUCUGUUCUUUGCCCAGCAUUACAGUUUCCCUCAAUGUCUCUACUGACAAGCAAUUUUGCGACAUUUCCUCCAAUCUGUCCUUCUUUUUUUUUUAGACAGGGCUGCCAAACAGUGCUGUGGUUCCACUGACCUCCCACAGAGACACUGUUUAAUCACUGCCAGUCGUUUUGAGACUGUCAGGCUCAAAGCUUUAAUAAACACAGCCAACUGUCACAGGUUACAGAAUUACAUAUUAGACAGCAUUGAGUCUCCUGACCCGAGAUCGAGUUUUUCUUUCCUGGAUUGAACCCGUAGAUUAUCUUCUGAUCUCGUGAUUGAAACUCUACUGCACAUCAUUUUCUGUACAAUUAUAGCUCUAGAGAAUAACAUAUAUAUGGUACCAUAUGAUUUAAUCUUCUGGAGAGGUAAGGGAAAACUUCUGCACUAUUUUGAAUCGGGUCCAUGCACGUUCUAAUCAGUAGCGGCUAAGGCCCCUUCCAGAUUAACUCAAUUUGUUGGUAAAACCAUAUCCUUAUGUGUAUCUAUGCACAUAUUCGUAUUUAUGUAAUGCAUGUAAAUGGUGAAUAUUCAAUUCAGAGUUUAUAUGCGUCUCAUGUGGCGAAUCACAUCACUCACUUCUCAUGCCACAAGUCCUUUUGCUGUAAUUUGCUGCGACGCUGCAGUGGACUGCGCGGUUCAGAGGCUAUGACACUCAUGCACUCACUCAGCAUCGCAGCACGUCUGGUGGCCGCGGUUCGCAGUUUUCUAAAAGAAACAUGUGGGAACUGGGCCGACUGCAGUUUCCCAUCUGCUGAAGCAACUUUUGGCCAGAUUCCUUAACACCCGUGUUUUAAUGGUACUUUAUUUUUUUCACCUCAGAUCCAAAGUGGUUCUAGUAACAUGUUGGCCUAUGCUGGAUUUGUUUAAUCAGUGCUGUUAUACUAGAAUUUAUAUUUUAUACAGAGGGAACUCGUAGAGCCAGUUUACUAUGAUGUUAGUUUUCACUUGAUUUAUUUUGAAGUAUAGAAACUCUAAUGUGAAAUAGAUGAUGCCAAGGUACUAAUAAAGAUAUUUAAUAGAGUAUGAAAUGCAAGCCAUUAGUGUUAGAGACUUCUGAAAUAGUGUUCGUGAUGUCAUAGUGAUAGAGUAGGUAUUUUAAUGUUGUCUGUGUAAUUCAAAGCUCUGUGUGCACUGAAUAUGAACUGUUCGCUUUCUGUACGAUGUUAUAUACGUCACAUGACGUCUCUAAAGUCUACUCCUUCCAUUCUCUGCUGCGUUUUAUGGAUUAUCCUUAGAGGAAUGGGUCCCCCCCCCCACCCAAGUACAUAUCAAUCUUGCAUAUCACAUAGAAAAUGAGGUUCUAGUCAAUAUAAUAGAGGUAUUUUGUUUCCCGGAUACUUUACAGGUUCAGCUUUCUCCUAUAAAGUGCCCCCCGGAGAUCCGUACUAACCUAAGGGCAGUAAAAUCACACAUCACAGUGUUUUUUUGUUUUUUUUUUCCCCCUUCCUGGAGUCUCGUGCACUAUAGUGGUGUGUGUUGGGUUGGAGAUCCUGGCGUGGAGAGGCUGAUGAGCGACUGAGUAGAAGUCAUACAUAUUACACUGAGGGCUCAGUAGGAGAACGGCAAGGAUCCCACAUAGAAAGGGACAGGUGCGGAUAGCUGAACUGGCAGCUUUCCUUUUCUUUCCUGUAUUUACUGCUGUAUUCUGAAAGGAGAAAACCUUUAGAGAUUAGAUACUGUGAUACUAAGAGUUUUCCAUUAGAAACUAUGCUAAUUUCAUGGCAGCUGUUCGGUGAAUGGUUCCCCUGAUUGGGUACCUCAGAUACAUGUCUUUUUUCCAGUGAAAGAAGCUUAUUUUUUGUGUGUAUUUUUUCAAAUGAUCAGUUUAUCCUUAUACUCAGCCUGAAUGCUCAUGCCCAUAUUCUCAAGAAAUAAAAUGGUUUUGGAAAGUGA